AUGCAGACACUAAAGGGGGAGGAAGAAGAAGAAGAAGAAGAAGAAGAAGAAGAGGAAGAAGAAGAAGAAGAAGAAGAAGAAGAAGAAGAAGAAGAUGAUGAUGAUGAUGAUGAUGAUGAUGAUGAUGAUGAUGAUGAUGAUGAUGAUGAUGAUGAUGAUGAUGAUGAUGAUGAUGAUGAUGAUGAUGAUGAUGAUGAUGAUGAUGAUGAUGAUGAUGAUGAUGAUGAUGAUGAUGAUGAUGAUGAUGAUGAGAACAGUGAGGUCAAAGCAGCAGUUGGAAUUUGCCUUGUAGGAAUGCAAAGGGAAUGA